UGUUGUAGGCACGUUAUUGCAAGCAUGGCCGGGGACACUGAAACACAUCUCAGUGACUAUGCCGAAAAUAACGUUAUCCGACAACCAUUCCUUAUCGGAGUGUCCGGAGGCACUGCCAGUGGCAAGUCGUCGGUGUGUGAGAAGAUCAUGGAGCUUUUGGGCCAGAACGAAAUCGACCACCACCAGCGACAGGUAGCCAUCCUCAGCCAGGACAGUUUCUACAGAGAGCUGACUCCAGAACAGAAGGCAAAAGCACUCAAGGGCCAGUUCAACUUCGAUCACCCAGAUGCCUUUGACAAUGAGCUGGUCAUGAAGACUUUGUGGCAGAUCAUGCAGGGGAAGACCGUACAGAUCCCUGUGUAUGACUUUUUCACCCAUUCCAGGAAGGAUGAGUUUGUGACUGUGUACCCGGCUGACGUGGUGCUGUUCGAGGGCAUCCUGAUGUUCUACUCCCAGGAGAUAAGAGACCUGUUCCAGAUGAAACUGUUCGUAGACACUGAUGCAGACACGCGGCUUUCACGCAGAGUGCUAAGAGACAUAGGUGAACGGGGCAGGGACCUUGAGCAGGUUCUUACUCAAUACAUCACAUUUGUCAAACCUGCUUUUGAGGAGUUCUGUCUUCCAACUAAGAAGUAUGCUGAUGUGAUCAUCCCUCGUGGAGCAGAUAACUUGGUGGCAAUAAACCUGAUCGUACAGCACAUCCAGGACAUUCUAAACGGCGGACCGACCAAGCGGCACAGCGGCUGCAUGAACGGGCACAGCACGCCCGCCCGGCAACGACGGACCUCAGAGUCCAGCAGUCGCCCUCAUUGACCUCCUUUGUAUUGGAGGCAGAGUAUGAUUAGAUCUGUACAUAAUUCCCAAUGGCAUUGCCGUAUUUAAGAUGGAGGAAGGCUACGUCCUGAUUCUCUACCCUGUUACCAGAGUGUGCACUUGCAUACUUCUGGUCCUUGUAGGAGAAGUGUAGAGAGUUGGGACGCAGGCAAAGAGUAACUACCAUGCUUAUUAUUAUUAUUACUGCUGUUAUUACAGGUACUUUUAUUGUAAUUGUUGGAUUUGGUUCAGGGCGGGGAGAGAGAACCUCCAGUUUUUGCAAUGAGAUCAUGUGUUAAGAAUGACCCCCUUUUUGUUUUUCAGACGUUUAUUUCAAAUAUGUAUUUCAUAUAGUUUGCUUUUUGACCGAAUUAAACUCUAAAAUCACA